AUGAGUGUUCCUGUGGAUAAUCUAAGCACCAAUAUUCCACAAGCGAACCCCCCAGCACCCAUUGGCCGCGCCCCUGACGAGCGAGUCCAUGAAAUCGGCUUUGUCGCAGUGGGAAGUAAUUCGGAUCAAAGAUAUGUUGGUCCCUCGAGCGGUCACUUUCUCGCUCGAGCCAUGCUUAGUCGUACUUUAAGAAACAGCAAUGAGCCGGAACGCAUCAAUGAUCCCUCCAGUUCUUUCUCUCCAUCGAUAAUCAACGAACUGGUUAAAGCGGCUCGAGGGCCAUUGCCUCUUCCAGAGAAACAUACUGCACUACAGCUCAGUAGAGUCUACUUUGAUAUCAUACAUCCGCAGUAUCCCAUUCUCCAUGAACCUUCCUUCUUCCUUGCCCUGGAUCAGAUUUACGAGCACAAUGAUGGGUACAGUGACAUGGAUAAACCUAUUUUGUUCCAGGUAUAUAUCGUUCUAGCCAUUUCCUCGAGUAUCGUAUCUUCUCGGGCUAGAUUCCAUGUUCCCGGAGAAUCGUAUUGCCUAUCCGCAUUGCAAUAUUUCGAUGAGCUCAGCAUAGAGAACUCUUUGUCCGGGCUGCAAUGUCUGCUUCUCCUGCUUAUCUUCACCCUGCACAGUCCAUUUAUGCGGGUAAAUGUAUGGUAUGUGAACUACCAAUGCAUCGCUUGCUUGCUGGAUCUAGGCUUGCAACGAGACAUAACAACGUCAUCCGGCAUAUCCCUCCUUACACAGGAAAUGAGGACCCGAGUCUUUUGGACUGUCCUUGCUUUGGAUCGAACAAUUGCAACCAUGAUGGGUCGUCCUAUCGGUCUAAGAGACGAAGCUUGUGAGCUACGCUUCCCGCAGAACAUAGACGAUCAUGAUCUGGUCGGAGUUUCUGCUCCCAAUGAAGAAGCAACAGGGGCUAUUUCGUUCUCAAUACACCUCUUCAAACUGACAAAACUUAACUCUGAGAUCAAGUAUGUGGCGAACAGUAUUGUACGCCAGGCCCCGCCCUACGCCUACCUGCCGAUUACCGAUAUACAUGCAUGGAAUCAAGAUAUGCUGAGGCAGCUCGAUGAAUGGGUGGCAGAAAUCCCCCAAUCCAAUCACCACCAAUUUAUCCGCAUUGUGUGUGAGCUGCGAUACCUAUCGGUCAAGAUGCUCCUCCUUCGACCAAGUCCCGCCAUACCUACGCCAUCUUCCGCUUCAUUGACUGCUUGCCACGAAGUUGCAUGCCGAAGCAUUCAACUGUAUGGUCAGCUAUACAGGCAAGACAUGCUCGUACAUGACUGGAUUACCUUGCACGGCAUCGUGUUCAGUACCAUUACAAUGCUGUACUGUCUUAGAGUUGUACCGGAUUUAGCACCAAAGACAAAGCUCGACGUCGUAAUGAGCGAUUUAAGUCUAAGCCUGAGUCUAAUAAGUGCUAGUGGGGAACAUUGGUCGGGCGCAAAGCGCUGCCGCGAAAUCCUAGAUGAGCUAGGCAGGUCAACCGUUCAAGGAAUCAAAAAUUUGGGCACCCCACAAGUCAAUCAUCGGGGCAGCCGAGAGGGAGAGGAGGCCAAUCCGAAUGCCUCAUCUUCGACCGCAAGCAUACCAUACACGCAAGCCCCAGUUGAUAUCUUAACCACUGGUGGUGAUGCAGGUCUGGGUUUUAUUCCAUCUUUAGCAACGCCGCCUAGCAUUGCACCGGGAAUGCUUGCGAAUGAUACCUUUUUGUUUAACCCUGUUGACCAAUACGGCUUCAGCGACUCAAUCAAUGUGGACGACAUCAUGCGGAAUCUAUUUGACGACUUCAUUCCCUAA